AUGGUUUUGAAAAUUGGAGAUGUUAGUAGCAUGUACAUGAAGUUCAAGCCAUGUCUUCUUAUGGUUCUAACUCAAUUAGGCUACACAUUUCUCUACUUCCUCACAAAAGCUUCAUUUAAUGAAGGACUGAAUCCUCAUGUUUACAUAACAUAUCAGCAUGCUGUUUCCAGUUUUGUCAUGCUUCCUUUCGCCUAUUUUCUUGAAAGGGAAAACAAGGCCAAGUUGACAUGGGCAUUGUUUGUUGAAUUAUUCAUUCUUUCAUUACUUAGAGUCAGAUUAACUCAUAACACAUACUUUGCGAGCUUGAGAUAUACGUCUCUGAUCGUUGUUGCUUCCAUGGUCAAUACCAUUUCCGCCUUGACAUUUAUCAUUGCCAUUUUACUUAGAUUGGAAAAAAUAGAUGUAAAGAAUCCUCGAGGGAUGGCAAAGGUAAUCAGAACAUUGGCAUCUGUAGCAGGAGUUACACUAAUGACAUUGUAUAAAGGGAAGUCUUUUAGGAGCUUAUGGAGUGCACCAAUUCAUAUGGGAAGCAGUUUAAUUCAUGAAAUGCUGAAGGGGUCCAUUCUUGGUGUGGCAAGCCGCAUAACAUGGUCUAUGUCGUAUGUUAUGCAUGCAUUGACACUGAAGAGAUAUCCGGCUCAACUUUUAAUGACUACAUGGAUGAGCUUUAUCAGAGGAGCACAGUCAGCAGUUUUCACAACAUGUGUAGAGCAUAAACCAGCGGCAUGGAUUGUCGGGUUUGACAUAAAGCUCUGGAGCAUCUUAUAUGGGGGAAUAGUUUGCUAUGGUUUGAUAAUUUUCGUUCAGUUGUGGUGCACUGAAGAAAAGGGUCCGGUUCUUGUAGCAAUGUUCAAUCCUCUGUCGACAAUAAUGGUGGCACUUCUUGCAUACUUUGUUUUAGGUGAACGAUUGUAUACAGGAAGCCUAUUGGGAGGAAUUAUUGUCAUCAUCAGUCUUUACUUGUUCUUGUGGGGCAAGCAAAACGAAGAAAGGAUCCCAAUGAGAUCAUCAGAUAUUUCUGGUUUUGCUUGUGAGAAUGAAAAGCAAGUCAGCCAAGAUAUGUUACGAAAUUGUGAUGAAGAAAGUGUGACUGCGAAGGGCAUUCCACAAGCUUAA